CAAGAUGGAAAAAAAAAAAAAAAAAAAGGGUAUUCCGUCAUAUUAUGAUGAAAUCAAAUGUAUCGUACAAAUUGAAAGGAAAAUAAGUCCGGGAUCGGAGAACGCACAAAUCAAAUGGCUUCUCGACUAAUUGUUCUUCUUUUGCUCGUAACUUGGUUCUCUUCAGCGUCUCUUCCAACUUCGGCUGACCAACCUGAAAGCGGAAGCACAGAGAGAAGCGUUGUUGGACAGAGACUUUUUAUGGGUUUCAAAGAAACGCCUCGUGGAAGCAAUCGCACUUUUGAUUGCGAUCCUUCUGGUCCCUGCGUUCCCUGCGUCUACUCUGAAAAGAAUGAUGACAAAUAUCGAUGCAGUGAGACUGGUUAUCGGAUUCCUUUGAAAUGUGUAGAAAUUGAAGGUAUGAAGAAUGAAAAUGAGCAAAAAAAUAAAGUGAGUCACUCUACUCUUGAAACUUCUUCCAGUAAUAUAAAACAUGAUAUAAUGUUACAUGAUGCAGACAAAAUUGUCACUGUGGUAAAAAAUAGAAGCCUUCUAGAGGAUUCAUCCUCAUCAGAGGGUACGCCACAGGCAUAUAUUACUUACAGAAGCUGUAUACCAAGCAUAAAUGAAGAGAAGUUGUCAGUACUUGAUUUUGAGAGUAUAGUAUUGUGUUUGUUGCUGAUUAGCGGAUCAGUUGUCUACUUAAGAAGAAAACGGACUGCUGUCAUGCCAGGGGUGGGAGCAGGGAGGAUCCAGGCAAACUCGAGGUUUUAGUUAACUAUGUAGUAUUUCAAGCUUGUGCAUUUCUGUAAAUUCAAUUUUCUAGUGAUUGUCAAGCCGCAUGGUAAAGUAUCGGGGCCAAAUUGUUAAGUUUUAGUUUGAUACCGUAUGCCAACUUCAGUAUUUUGAUCUUCAAUUGUAUCUUUGCAAGUGUAAUGAAUUAUUCUUUAAUCUGAUUUCGCUACAUUGGGAUGA